CAAUGCACCACGGAGUGGAGCGAUGGCUCCAGCAUCAUUUACGUAAACUGGAAUAAAGGAGAAUCCCAAAUGUGUCAAGGGUUGUCUAGAUGGACAAAGUUUCUUCAGUGGUACAAUAUUGACUGCCAAGCAAAAUACCCUUUCAUCUGCAAGUUCCCGCCAGAGUGUUAAGAUGCAGCUGUGUGAAGUCUGGAGAAGCAAGGAAGCCCCCCACCCCA